AUGUCUGAAGGCGACAAGUACGAUGUGCUCGAGAAGAUUGGCCAUGGCUCGUUUGGCGUCAUCCGCAAGGUGCGGCGGAAGAUGGACGGCAUGAUUCUCUGCCGGAAGGAGAUCAGCUACCUCAAGAUGUCGCAAAAGGAGCGCGAGCAGUUGCAUGCCGAGUUCCAGAUCCUGUCGACCCUGCGCCACCCAAACAUUGUUGGCUACUACCACCGCGAGCAUCUCAAGGCCAGCCAAGACUUGCACCUCUACAUGGAGUACUGCGGCAAUGGCGAUCUCGGCCGUGUCAUUCGAGACCUCGCGAGCAAGAACCAGUACGCCGAGGAGUCUUUUGUCUGGAGCACAUUCUCCCAGCUCGUCACGGCACUCUACCGCUGCCACUACGGCGUCGACCCUCCCGAGGUGGGCAAGACAGUGCUUGGCUUGGGCACAGCAGCGAAACCGAAAGCACCGACUGGAGGCAUGAUCAUUCUGCACCGCGAUUUGAAGCCCGAGAAUGUUUUUCUCGGCGCCGAUAAUUCGGUCAAGCUAGGCGACUUUGGUCUCUCUAAGGUAAUGCAGUCACACGACUUUGCGUCGACAUAUGUGGGCACGCCAUUCUAUAUGUCGCCCGAGAUUUGCGCCGCCGAGAAGUAUACCCUCAAGUCGGAUAUCUGGUCACUGGGAUGCAUCAUCUACGAGCUCUGCUCACGCGAGCCGCCGUUCAAUGCCAAGUCGCAUUUCCAGCUGGUCCAGAAGAUAAAAGAGGGCAAGGUCGCACCCCUGCCUCCGGUCUAUUCAGUAGAGUUGAUGGCUGUAAUCAAGGAUUGCCUGCGCGUCAACCCCGACCGCAGACCGGACACGGCGACGCUCCUCAAUCUGCCUGUUGUGCGGCUAAUGAGAAAGGAGAAGGAGGUGGUCGAGUUCAGCAAUAUGCUCAAGGCCAAAGAGGAUUCCCUCAAUAAACGGAUCCGGGAGCUUGACCAAAAGUUGGCAUCGGUCGACAACGAAAAGGUGGCCAUGCGGCAGGAAAUCGAUUCCUCCUUGAGGAGAGAAUGGGAGGUCAAGGCACGACUCGAAAUUGACCGCCUAGUCGGUAUAGAAAUUGAGCAGCUCCAGAGGAAGUUCGAGCAGGAGGUCCAGGCGCGAGUUGAAGCAGAGUUGCAGAGUCGUAGGAAGGCUGUGGCAUUCAGCGAGGAUGAGCCGGCCGAGUUCUCGUCCUCAAAGUCGGACUACCCGCACUCGUCAAUCGGUUGCGAGAGCGCCGACGGCGAGUUCUCUUCGACAACAGACCUCACCGAGCUGUCUGUUGACUCGCCUGACACUUCAACUCACGUGCUGAAAAAGAGCGCUCGCACUCCUUUCGCACGGGCUCAAACCAUGUUUGUGGGUGUCCCGGCUGGAACGCCAAUGGAUGUCGAGAUGGCUUCGCCGUCACCAAUCACGAUAGCAUCCUUGUCGCUUUCGCCUCGACGGAACGCAGCGACCAAAGUUCCGGCGAACCCAUCCAACAUCUUCACCGCCAACUUGAUGGCGAGAGGCGAUGCACGGUGGGAGGCUCCUCGAGAUAUUGCCGGAAUGGCAUCAGAUGACGAGUCCGACGACGAAACCCAUAUGCCGUCCCCGACCCGGAUGAUCAAGUCCAGCAAGAAUCCCUUCACUUCAAAGCAGAGACCCACACUCCUCGCGCAGAAGUCGGCCCCGCUCCACCGCCUCCAGUCGAAACAGACACUGGCGCCCCAGGCUAGGACCAUGGGUGCCAUUCCGACUGCGGCCUCGAACCCCGACUUGCACGGUCUGCAUAGGGCCGGGAGCAAUGGCGCGCUGCGGGAACGAAGCAAUAGCCCGAACCGCCGGCUUACAAAAAUACCCUCGGCGACGAACCUGAACGGGUGCAAUAACAAGCUGAGCAGUGGGAGCGAUGGUUCGGCUCCCGCUCUGUCUCGCAAGCCAUCCAUCAUCAAGAAGGAACCAGAGCAGCCCCCGCAACAGCAACAACCACAGCCCCCCGUUCUUAACAAGGUGGCGGGCAAAAACAACAACAUCAGGGGUCGCACAUUAGUGGAACUCCAGCAGGCCCGUGCAGGCGGUAGGCCAUUGAGCGCCGUCAUGAGCGGUGAGAACCUCAGCCCCACGCGGCCCUUCCGGGAACACGCCGCUGCCGCCAACCGGGGCGGCUCGGGAUCCUCGGAGCCAGCUGCUGUCUGGGACCCGGAGAGGGAUGAGAUGCCAAGUCCUUUCUUGGUUCGGCGGAAGCCCAUCAUACGGACAUAA